AAAACAGAGUCAGCGCGGCGUUUGGUCUCGGUGCGGGGCUGAAACCCGAACCGCGAGGCUGCGGAGUGCGGUGCGGUACACGGGCAGCGUUAGCAUUAGCGGCUAACAGACACGAGUGGUCCGCCAUGGUUCGGGAGCGGGUGGUCCAAAAAAAGUCGUUCCAGCAGAGUCUGGACGACAUCAAAGAGAAGAUGAAGGAAAAAAGAAACCAGAGACUGGCAAGCGCCAGUGCUGUGAGCCGCGGGCUUUCAAAACUGAAGAACAAAAACACAGCAGCAGUGAAGCCGUUUGUGCUGAAGAGCGUGCAGGUGAACAACAAAGCCCUGGCUCUGGCUCUGCAGGCGGAGAGGGAGAAGGUACGGCAAGCGCAGGGGGUCAUUCUGCAGAUGAAGAGAGAGAGGCAGGCACUUAUUUUUCACCUGCUGAUGCUGAAAAGGGCUCUGAGAGAAGCGGGUGCCGUGAGAAUCGCACAGAUGUCGUCUUCAGAGGAACCACAGUUAAUCCUUCCUGAGUCCACCAGCCCUGAGCCUGUGGCAAAAGCUGAAACUGUCCCUCAGGAAGAGGAGCUCGACCCGGCUGAUCCCCUCAUAGGGACGGGUUCUUCAGAGCCUGAUGCGGUUCCUGGUGGACUUGGUGAUGGACAGCUUCCUUUGCCAGUGACUGUAGGAACCCGGCGUCGACGGGAUGGUAGGAAACGAUCCGAGCGUCUGCGGAGGCGAAGCUCUCUGUUUGAUCCCGCCUCUGUGGGAGUUAUUGUUACAGAAGAGGUGGAGCCACCACCCUCAGACAUGACAGGGGGGCUUUCUGAGCAGGACCCUGAGCUCAACUUUGAGGCUAACGCAGCUGAGUGUGAGCUUACUGGUGAAAACGCAGUGGCUGCAGAUCAGAAGUCACUUCCUGCCAACAUGACUGACGGUUCCCAGGCUGGGCUGGACUCUGAGCUUUCAGGGCUCGCAGCCGUCCAGCACUCCACUCCCGAGCCGCCGCAGCGCAACGUCUCCAGGCAGACGAAGAAGAAACCCGCCCAGCCCGCGGCACGCUCCAAACCGGAGAGAGGCCGCAGGCCGGACCGCGUCCCUCUGAAGAAGCCGUGGGAGAACUCCAAGCCACGAGCGCGCUCCAAGAGCCGGGACUGCUCCCACAACCGGGGCCAGACGGCCCCCGCGCCCUGCGACCGCCUCAACUCCUCUCUGGGCGGCAACGACACCUUCGACUUUGACUGUGAAGAGGCCGUCCACAUCACGCCCUUCAGAGCCGGCAGCAAGACCUCCGAGAACCAGAUGGAGGAAGCCCCGCCCUCUCCUGUUGCCCCUCCCAGUCCUGUUGCUGUGGAGACAGAAUCCAGUCCUUCAGAGGCAGAGGAGGAGGCGGACGACAGCCUGUAUGUUCCGGACAAGAAGUUCAGACGAGCUCGUAGCCCUCCGCCCCGGCGAGCUCGCUCCAAGAGGAGGUCCACUCAGAGAAGAGGGAAAGAAAACGCACCCCCGAAGAACCGUACUGAGCGCGCAGAGAUCAGCAAAGCGUGUGCUGAACGCUCAGACGAUGCCCUGCUGAUCCAUGCAGGACUACACCUCCCACAGUCCCCUGAGACAGGCCUGCAUUUCCCAGAGUCCCCUGUGUGCCCGCCUCCUGAGAAUUCCAGCAAGUCGCCUUCAGGCCAAGAGAGUAAAGAAGAUCCUUCUUCUGGAACGGAGACGGCAACUCCACUGAUGGUCACCCCAGCUGGAGAGGCAGGGCUUAUGAUGGACAGUCCUUUCUUUCAGCUCACAAACUACCCGAGCCAGUCGGCUGAGCAGGAGAACAGUGUACCUGCUGUGAUGGAUAAAGCUAGAAGAAGAAAAGGUGGGCUGGUUGUUCGCUCCUGUCUGGGCUUGGCUUUGAGUGAUGUGACCAAUCUCUCCCCUGCAGCCUAUCAGAAGCCUCUGCCUGGCCGAGACUCCACCCCCGGCCCCGCCCGCAAGAGACGCUGCACUAGCGCAGUCAACUACAAGGAGCCGUCCAUUAACUCGAAGCUUCGUCGUGGCGACAAGUUCACAGACACGCGGUUCCUGCGUUCUCCCAUCUUCAAGCAGAAGUCUCGGCGCUCGCUCAAAGCCAUGGAGAAGUAUAACGAGUCGUUUGUGGGCUGCCGCUGAGCGUUUUAGCCCACAUGGUUGGGAUUUGUCAGUCUCCAUCAGGUUUACUUUCACAGGGCAUGACAGUAUUAUUGUAUUGUUGGAGCCUUGAAUAACGUUAUAUUCAUGAUGUAAAUAUGUCGAAUUGUGUGGUUUUAACUCAUUUUUAAAAGGCAAACCAUGAAUAAUAAAGCUUGUCUUUGUAGAGUUUCA